AGCACUAGUCGUAGUAAGCUUAGUUAACAUGGUAACGGCAAAUAAGAAACAGCGGUGGAGAAGAUCAGUUGUCAACCGUAAACCGACGUUUGCAUCACAAUGUAGUUUUAGACAAGGUUAUGUUUAGAAAAAGCCUAUCGCUGCAGAAAUGGAGCCUAGGGAGCAGCCUGUUGAGCGGCUACAAAGUCACGUUCAUUUAAAGCACACUCCUGGCCUAGCUACUAGUACUACGACCAACACCACCAGGAAACUAAUACUCUCAAAUUCGAAGCGUCUCUUUUUAGGAUUAUGUUUCUUUACGUGUCUUUCGUGUGUGCAGUCGGAGGAUUUGACGUGGGCUGACUUAGGAAUAAGGAUUCAAAUUCCGAAAAAAUCGGAAUUUGAUAUGGAUACUGUAGAAGUAAUAACGUUUAAUUAUACUUCCAAUGCAUCUAUAAAUAUAUCUAUAAGUAGUAGCGACACCGAUGUUGCUGGAAUAGACGGUCCAACUAUCUUUUAUUUAAAUUCUACUACAAAUGACUCGGUCGUCUCAUUGAGUGUUAAUGUCAGUGGAACUCGAUUUGGGCGAGCUAGGCUUCGGUUUGAUAUCAAUUACGACAAUGGGGAUGAUUAUAUUAGUACAAUCUGCUUAGAUGAUAAGGCAACAGCUACGGAACCAAGAUGUCCAGAACUGGUUGUACUAAGGGUUACAUC